GACAAAACUAAGGAAAUCCCAAUGCAGCUCAGAACUACAGGUAAACAUGUAUUUACUGACCACUGCUAAGCAGAUCCAUAAUGUAUGGCAGCUCAAAAAACACAAAUUAUUAAUUUUUGUUAGUUUUUUAUUUAUGAACCAUUUCACUUACCUACAACAUCAUUUUCCAUUUUUUUUGUUUUGUUUUAAGAAAAAACUUGGAAAUUAGUAGUUUUUCUUUUCUUUUUUCCUUUUUUUUUUUUAACUAAAGAACUGUAGCAUAUAAAUCUUUCUCUGUUUCCUUCAUAAGUUGUUCAGGUCUGUCUUGGAAAUGUCCCAGUAAUUAGAAGCUUAAUACCAGCUAAUUUUUAUAAAUUUAUCAGGAAGGUUUCCAGGAGAUUCACUUGAAAAUAUGGGACCAAUAAAAUAAAGUGUUACCUAAAAUCCCCACAAUUCGCUUUUGAAUGCUGCCCUCUCCCCACGUUGGGUAAUUAGUGCUUUUGUUGUUCCCCUUAGCAAACGUUGGUACAGCUGCAUCACAAGAAACCUCUGUCCAAACCAAACCCACUGAUGCACCCACAACAAUCUCCCCUCACACUGGUACCUGUGCUGCUUCUUCUUCUUGUCCCAGUUUGUGUUUGAUGUUUGAAAUUCUUCAGCACAGUUUUAUUCAGUUUGUGUCUCUGUUGUUCUCUGCAGCAACAGCUCCAGCACGACCAACAACAGAAACAUCUGUCCGCGCAACAUCCACUGAUGAACAUAGAACACAAACUGCAACACAUGUGACUUCACCACCAUCAGAGGCAGAAACCUUCACCCCUCCACACACUGGAGUGACCGAGACUUGUGUGACCUCAAAACCAGAUACAAACACUGUCUGCACACUCGUUGUUGUGAUAGUGGUCCUCUGUGUGCUGCUGCUUGUGGUGUGUUUCCUGGUGGUGCAGCAGAGGAGGAAACGCAACAACAAAACUGUGAUGCCUGGACGUUCGAAAGAAGAGAAGGAGGAGUUGGAAGACGACAGGAGCUCGAACCCUGAUCAGUCUCCAGGACACUCUGAGAACAGAGACGCAGAGACGGCUCAGAGGAGGCCUUUUAGUGGAGUCAGAGCUAAGUCGGCUAACGCUAUUCUCUUUAUAUCUCCUUUCUGUGUGUCUGAGAAAGAUCAAGUGACUGUGCAGCAUGAGACAGAGGCUCAAUCAAAAGACACAGAAGGAGCAGAAGGAGAGCAGAAACCGGAAAAUGAAGCAGGAGGAUUUCAGACAGAAAAUAUCACAAACACUCCCGACACGACUGAGGGACAAACUGAUGCCGGCAGCAGUCGAGAUGACAACUCCCACCGUGUUUCUGUCAGCACUGACACUGUAGCGUAUCUCAGCAUCGGCAACAACCAGAACAAACCAAACCCUGAUAAUCUCAGCAAACAGCUCAAUGACAGUUUGGGUCAAAGAUCACAGAUGGGAAAAGUCAUGGGGAGGAUCUCCACCUGGCCUCCCACUGCAAUUCAGUGGCAGGAAAGAUGUAAAGUGAUGGAGGAGGCGAGUGAAACUGAGAAGCACCCAGGUGAAGCGAAGAAAACAGUAAACAGAGAGGAGCGUCCCUCUGUUUGUGACCGGGAUACAAAGGAAAAAGAAAAGGAGGAAAAUCAUAUGGAGGGUUUAAUAACUUCUCCAAACAAACUAAAAAUGAACGUAGCUGGCAUGAAAUUGAAAUUCAGUGAGGUUCAAGCCCACACGGACACCAAGCAAGAGGAACCAGCCACAGUGACACAUACAGGAAAUAAAACCCAAAGUCUGAAUCAGGAAAAACUCAGUCACAACCAAGACCUCAAACCUGCAGAAAACUCUACACACAAGAGCAGCAGCAAGGCCCAGCAGAGAGACGAGGCGAAGCGAGCUGUGACGAACAGACAGAGGGCGGAGAACAGAAGCACCGGCUCAAAGACUCGCUCUGACGGUGCCUCACCGGAUGAUGAAACGCUGCUGUACGGCAACGAGUACGCCUUCAUGGACCUGCUGCAUGAGGUCGUGCAGAACAACGGCCGCUGGACCCGAGAGAGGUGGAAGCAGAUGAAUGUCAACAAGCAGCGGCGUUAGGACGGAGGUACACAAGGAUUUGUGAUUCACUAAAAUGUUUUGUACACAUAAUAUUUAGUAGUUUUAUUCUGGCAAUCAGCACUUAAAGGAACAGUUCAACAUUAUGGGAAAUUCCCUUAUUUGCUUUCUUGGUGAAAAUGAGGAAAUCAAUAUCACUCUCAUGAAAUCGUCCAAUCAAGGGACCCUCAAGGUAUCUGAAGUUUGUAUCACGUUCCCAUACAGUUAGGGGGACUGACAUGAGACGGAUUAAAAUAAUAAGACGCACAUUGAAGCAGCAGAGGACGAUAUAUCCUGACUUUUUUGUCUUUAUUUUGGGUGAAGCUCCAGAAACACUUGAUCCUACAUUUCCCAUAAUGCAACAUGUUACAAAAAAAAUGAUACAAGCUCAUGACCUGUAGCAGAAUCUUGUUUAAUCUUAUGAUGCUUUGGAUAUGAUGCUCUGUAUACACUGAUGCAUGAGUAUUAAUAAUCUAUUAAUGUCAUAUAUCAUUCGUUGUCAUUUAUCAGCCACAAGCCGCUCGCCUGGAUCUGUCCAGAGGAAAUAAAAUCCACUUAGCAGCAGCUGAUUGUUUCCUGAUCUGUGUUACACCAUAUUCUGUGACCAUCAUGAAGUGUGCCCAUGAGGGGGGGGUUCAAUCUUUAAAACAGGUGAAAGAAAGAAGAAGUACCUGACAAUAUUUAGAUACUGCGGUUUUAUUGAAUCUCCAGGAACAGCAGAGUCACAGUUUCUGAUGACCUGUUUCAGGACCUUCACUCUGCUGUGCUCCUGUCGACCUGUGAUGGAUGUGAUGGAUACUUCAGGUGUUAUUCAGUCUUUUAAGAAGGUGAGAAAAAUGCCAAGUACCUGAUAAGUUCUGGACAGUUACUUUCACCUGUUUUAAAUUAUGAAUGACAAAUGCGGUCACACUUUACAGCGGUCACUGAUAUGGUGUUACACCGUCUUGUCGUCACUAUGAGGCCAAAACUUCUCGUUUUUACUCUUUGGUUUGUGAGCAGAUUAAACAAGGCGUAACUUGGUCAUUAGUGAGCUUUAGAGGUAUCACUAACUGUUCCCUGACUUUAUGCUAAGCUAACUAGAUACUGUAUCAGUAGUCAAGAGAGUGGUAUCAAUUAUUGGCAUGUAACUC